CCAACCCCUGGUAGGCCGGUUCGAUCCGACCCCCUCCCUAUCCAUCCAUUUUCCAGGCGCCGGGGCAUGCCACGUCGCACCUGUCACAUUUCGCCGGUGGUGGUGAGUGUGUCUCGCGCUUGCCUCACCUGGAAAUUUCAGUCACUCGCACACGGCGAAGGAACGCGCGCCGGUGAAAGAACCUAUCCACAUACAUACAUAUAUACUGCUUAUCCUGAGCCGAUCCUCCGAUGAAGACCCGCCAGCUGCCGGCGACCACGACGACGGCCUCGUUCCGGGCCAAGCAGCGGGAUGUGGCCGGGAGGCUGGGCGGGAUCGGGCUGCCCUGCGAGCGGGAGCGGAAGCACGAGGCCGCCAAGCAGGAGCGGGAGGAGCAGCAGAAGCGGGAGCGAGCCCUGGCGGCGGUGGCGGCGGCGGCGCAGCGGGUGCGCCAGCACAAUCGCAGGAUGGAAGCCAUCGAGGGGAACUUCGCGAAGAACAGGAGGAUGCCGCUCACCAAGGGGAUUUCCAGGGCGGCGGGACUGGGAGGCGGACCAAAUGUCCCAGGAGGAACAGUAGGAAAACGGACGGAGAGAGUGGGCCAAGUUUCAGCUCCUGCAAAUCAGAACCAGAAGGACGAACCGGACGAGUAUGACAUCAAGGCCGAUCGCCUGAGGCAGCAGCUGGAGGAGCUGGCCGGCCUGUCCGAGCAGGAGUUCGAGGUGAAGUUCCGCCAGUGGCUGGACCAGGAGGGGAUUGCCCGGGAGAUGCACUCGCACCUCCGUGUGGAGCUCAUCCACUGCUUCAACAACACGGCUCUCGGUCAGCUCCUGAGCAAGGCCGCCGGAGUGCAGAUGGCCCACUCGCACUCGCUGCUCCUCUCGCCGCUGGCGGUGAUCCUGCACACCCUGGUGGCUGAGUUCCUGCACUCCCAGAACUGCCACUUCAGCCUGUCAGUCUUCUGCAGCGAGACCCCGCAUCGCCACAGCCUGCCCGACUUCCGCAGGCGUCCGGAGUUCCGGUUCCGCGAGGAGGAACUGCAGCCAGUGCUGAGCGCCGUGUUGGGCGGCGAGGAGGCGCCACCGGAUGCGGAACUCACCCAGAUAGCCUGGGCCCACUACGAGGAGGACCUGGCUGGCCAGACGCAGUGCCUGCUGAUGGCCCUAAUGCGAUCCCUGGUGGAGAUCAGGAGGCCUGUUCAGCAGGAGAAGGAGAAGGAGGAGCCGCAGCCUGUACCCGUUUCCGUGCAGGAUUCCGGAUGCCAAACGGAGCCUUCCGCCUGCCUGGAGGCCCGUCCCGGGGUGGACACCUCAAAUCUUUACCAGGCGGAGGAGAACGAGCUGAUCCUCGGCGCCGACGGACGCAGUGUCUUCGUGGGCGGCCGCGUCUCCCAGUCGCUGCACACCGUGGAGCAGCAGAUGCACCAGUUGAUGAAGAACAUUCGCCAGGUGGCCAAGACCUGUGCUCCGCCCGUCGAGGUGUUGCCCACGGCCAGGCUAGAGGAACUGCUGAGGAGGGAGCUGCGCGAAAGGGAGCGCCUCCUCAAGGCCGGCAUUGGCUUCGAUCCCGCCAAGACGGCGAUCAAACUGGCCGUGCCCUCGGAGAGGGUGCAGCCGGUGGCCAGUGCAAGGAACCCGGAGGAUGAGGUGGUCCAGUCCGAGGUGGGGCCCAUUCGCCUGCCCGUCCUGGAGGUGGCCCUGCCCCGACUGCCCUACCUCCAGGAGGAGCAGUUGGCCAGCCUGGCCGUGAUCCGGCAGUCCGUCGAGAAGGCCCAGAGAAAGUCCCGCCAGCCGCAGGGCAGGAUGUACGUGUCCAUGGAGCGCAUGGAGACCCUCAUGCGCGACGUCUGCCUCUGCGUCCAGCUGCUGGGCAACCUGCUUAACCUCUGCAUGGAGCAGGAGCACGCCGUGGGCAUGCACAAGGGCUUCAAGGCGGGCUAUCGCGAGGGAUUCGGCCACGGGCACUACAUGGGUUGCCAGGAGGGCCAGAAGCAGGAGCAGUUCGACCAGCGGAAGAGGGACAGGGAGAGGCCACCGCCGCCCGUAAUGCGCGACGCCGCCGUCCAGGUGGAGGCCACGCCACCCGCCGUCGCCAGCAGGGGAACCCAAACCUCUAGGAGAUCGACGCAGCAGGGAUAUGCCCACACCCAGACGAGCAGGAGACACCUCAGGGACGCCUCCAAUCAGGCCAGUCUGCAGCCGGAGUCGUCGCAUAAGGCCUACGAAGAGUGGAUCCACGAAAUGCUGCACACCUCCAAUGGCCAGGUGUUCCUCGAACGGGUCGAGCUCUCCCUGGCCAAGGCCCUGGAGCUGCAGAAGGCGCGGCUGGACGAGCUCUUCCAGGUGAAGCUGCGCCACCAGGCCGAGAUGCUCCGACUGAGCAGGCGGCAGAACUCCUGGCGGACGCUGUGCAAACGAGUGGAGGAGGACUCGCAAUCGUCGGCGGAGGCGCGGGAGCUGGUGCAGAAGAUAUUUCGGCUGCUGGAGCACUACGAGGCGCACCACCAGCUGCUGGCGGAGAAGAUCCAGGAGACGGAGCUCGCGGCGGAGCAGGCGGCUCGCUUCCUGCCCCUGUGGACGGAGGGAGAUGGCGAUGCCGACGCCGCCUCCAGAAACUGGAACUCCGCGGCGUCCAUCACGCCCUCUUCGCCCGCCAGUGGAGUGCCCGACACGGCUCCUCCGGCAAAGAAAGUUGGCUUUCAAUUCCUGGCACUAGGUCCGCCAGGUGCAAUUCCAGUUACAGGCGCCCUUGUGUCCGUAACUCCUCGACUCUCGGUCCAUUUUGCAGCGGAUCCUGUCCAGCCUCCUGCGGCAGUCAUCAAGACCAAAGCGUCUGGGCCACCGGGUAACAUUCCCGCAGACUCCAGCUGUGAUCCUCCAAACCCCAGCGAUACUAAACGUUCUAGUUCCCGAAAGAAUUCAUCUGAAAACAUACUCAAAGACCCUGCUACGCCGAGAGCCCCUGCUCCUCCACCAGUGCCUGCUCCUCGGGAUCGUCCAACGCCUGUGGUCAGUGCUGUGCCCUCCACAGCAUCCACCUCCAGACCUCCUCCUGCUCCAGCUCCUCCGAAGCCCUCAAUGCACUCCGUGGCCACCAACACGACGGCUCCACAGCCACUGAAAUUGGCACCACUGAAGCAGUCUUCUCAAAAAUCCCCGAAAGGCCCGAGCUUCGAGGAGGCUCUUCAAAGUGCCAAAAACCGCAUGCUGCAGCUAGAACAGGAGAGCGAUCUGCUGGAACAGAGCUUCCGCACCUACCUGGAGAAGGCCAAGGCCAAGACACCUGGCCAGAAAUCCACGGAAGAUCCGCCGAAGCUUCGAAGGAUGCGCUCCAGUUGCCUGCGCGAACGGGAGCAGAUGAGCCGCACCCUGGAUGGCUUUCGGGACUGGCAUCGGCGCAUGCGCAAGGAAGAUGCAGCCAGUCUGGCCCAGCUGGAUGAGCUGCAGCAGCAGCGUGUUGUACCGGCCUCCAUGUUGGACUCCAAGGUCUCCUCGCCGCUGUGGCUGUCGGAGCUGGAGGAGGGUCACGAGCAGGACAGCUAUCCCUUCACGAACGCCAUCUCCGAGGCGAGGAGCAAGCUGCUCGGCAGGCUAAUCCCGGGUGGAAGGGAGGCGGGGGACUGGCCGGAGCCGCCCGAUGUCCCGCAUCCUGUCAAGGCGCCGGAGCUGAACCGCCUGCUAACCGAUAUCACACCCGAACUCACUCGCAGCAGCAGCAAUGGCGAGAUGACCCUGCUCCUCCAGCGGGCCAAGGAGGCCCUGGGGCUGCAGACGCCACAUCCGCUCCUGGACAGCAGCAGCAGCAGCAGUGGCAGUGGCAGCACCACCCUGGGGUUGCAAUCCUUGGGGGCCGGCAAGGCGCCGAGUACGAAGCUCCAGCAGUCCAUGGCCAAGAUGCAGCUGCUCUUUGGCGGCGUGGAUGCGGUGAAACCCGCCGCUACCCCCAUCCCGCCCAUACGAGCAGGCCGGCCUGUGAGUGCACCCACCGCGGGAUCGGGAGCGGAGGGCCUGCCGCUUCCGCAACGCCCUCACACGGCGCCCACUCUUCACUCGAUUAGCGAACAGGCUGAGCCACCCAUUCUCCAGCUGGAUGACUCCACGUCCAGCUCCUCGCAGAGCACCUUGCCCGGAAGAACGGCGGGCGAGGCUUUUGAGGAGCUGGUCGCCAGCGCAGUGGUUGGUGGCCAGCGCCGGAGCGCGGAGUCCAGCCAGGAAGCCUCCUACAGCCAGGCCUUCUGGAAGCGCAUGAACCUGUGAGACAUUCGAGGGAGAGUCUGGUAGAUUUGUUGAAGGAACACUCGCUUAAAUAUAGAAUAUACAUAAAAGGAUGUGUGCGCCUCCAGAAGUCCGUGCUUUCCGGUCGAGUGCGCACCUUAAAAGUAGCACUUGUUGUGAUUUAUGAUUUGUUGGUGAUCCAAACUAGCUCGAUGCCUUCUUACAAGAGUGUCCUGCUAAAAGGUGGCCCCAAUCGAUUAAAACUCCUUCGGUUUGUCGGGCCAAAAGUGUGCGCAUUUAUUAAUUUUAAAGACCUAUAUCCGAAUUAACCACGCCUAACUCCUGUGUAUAUUUUUGAUAAAUUUAAAGUGGCCAAAAUUGUGCGCUGACAAUACCAAUUUGUUCAGGCCUGUUGAGACCACCUAUGAUUUGCUUGUGUA